AUGGUUCAAUCAAACAGGUUAACAUAUCAUCUAGUUGUAAUUGGAGUCAUCUUACUGUUUCCCUCAUUUAUAAUGGGGAUGGAAAUUACGUCUCUAGCAGUGUUCUUAAACAGUGACCAUUUCAUCAAGUAUUUUAACCACCCAUCACCAUUUCUCCAAGGAAUAUUAAUGUCUUCUUCAACACUUGGUGGAUUAGUUGGUUGUAUUAGUUACAGUGCCACAGUGGUAAAGGUUGGUCGCAUUACAGGGUUUCAGAUCGCUACGUUGUUGUGGUUCAUAGGAGGCGUGGUGGCUACGUUAGUACAACAUAUCUCAAUGAUUAUAAUUGCAAGAAUUAUUAAAGGGGUUACCAUGGGCUGGUUUUCAGUAUUGAUCCCAGCUUACAUUGGUGAAAUUUAUCCUUCGCAAUGGAGAGGUAGAAUGAUCGCUAUGACACAAUUAAGUUAUACUAUUGCCAUCCUGCUGGUUCAUUACCUUUCAAUUUGGUUCAAUCAUGUUUGGAAAAAUCAUUGGUCGUUUAGAAUGGUUUGGGGGUUAGAAAUUAUCCCCUCAUUGUUGUUCUUUUGGGGCAGUGUGUGGUUACCAGAGACUCCUCAAUGGCUAACUUUACAUGGUGAAUACACGAAGGCACAAAAGAUACAAAAUAAUUUGGCAAUAAAAUUUAAUUCAAGAUUUGGUAGCACAAGUAAUCAUUCAAGCAAAGACAUAGUUACAUCCAAUGAAGAUGCCGCUGAAGAAGACGAUCAACAAAGAGCAAAAAUGGAAAUAAUGGAUAAGCUUGAUUUGGCAAAUUUAUAUGGAGAUGGUUCCAAUGACUUAAAAUAUAAGGAACUUUUUGGAAAAAGUUACUGGAAACAAACUGCCAUUGGCGUUACCUUACAAUUAUUGGUCCAGUUUAGUGGAAUUAAUAUCCUGAUGUUUUAUAUUACCUAUAUUUGUGAAAUGUUGGGCCUCAAUGGGAACACAAAUUAUUUUGCAUCUUCAAUUCCUUACUUUAUUAAUAUGAUACUUAGUCUAAUACCGAUUUGUUUCAUUGAUUCAGUUAAUAGGAAGAAGAUGACUCUUGCAGGAUCGUUCCCUGUAAGUAUAAUUAUGGUUGCCAUAGGUACGAUAAUGGCUUUAAAUGGACGUAAAGUCGCUCCUGUAAAUGGCAAUGAAUCUAUUAUUUGGUUUGUUGAUGAUUCAAGUGGUGGAUGGAUUCUUGCUUUAUGCUUUCUAUUUGUUGGAGUUUUUUCCUUAACGCUAUCAUGUUUUCCAUUGUUAUAUACAAAUGAGAUAUUCCCCACUAAGGCAAAACCCAAAGGUCUUGCUUUUUCAAUGUUUAUUAGUUGGACGUCCAAUUUCACAUUAACUUUACUUGCUCCUCUUAUGUUGGAGUAUUUGAAAUGGGGGACAUUUAUUUUACUGGGUGGACUGACCUUUGUUCUCUCAGUCUGUAUUGCCAUCUUUUUCCCUGAUACUAGUGGACUAUCAGUUCAAGAAAUUAACCACUUAUUUAUUCCAGAAGAAUUUGAUUAUGAGAGUACUUUUGAUAAAGUCGAUGAUAUAUCUCCCAAAUCAAAUAAUCCCCAAAAUGAACUGAUAGAGCCAAUUACUUUAGCACGUCAAGAAACAGAACAAUUAAGUAUUUCAUGA